CAUCAGCUCCCGCGUCCGUCCCCAGCGCCUCGGACCUGCAAGGAGCUGCUCACGAGGGGGCACUUUCUGAGCGGCUGGUUCACCAUCUACCUGCCUGACUGCCGGCCCCUGAGCGUGCUCUGCGACAUGGAAACGGACGGCGGGGGCUGGACCGUUUUCCAGCGAAGGAGUGAUGGCUCCGUGGAUUUCUUUCGCGACUGGGCCACGUACAGGCAGGGCUUCGGCAGCCAGCUGGGGGAGUUCUGGCUGGGGAACGACAACGUCCACGCCCUGACCGCCCAGGGAACCAGCGAGCUCCGUGUAGACCUCGUGGACUUCGAGGGCAACCACCAGUUUGCCAAGUACAGCUCGUUCUGGGUGGCGGGUGAGGCCGAGAAGUACCGGCUGGUCCUGGGGGCCUUCGUUGGGGGCAGCGCAGGUGAGUGUCGGCCCUGGGCCGAGGGGCUGGGAGGCGGAGCAGAGGGGACCUGCUUCCUGUCCCGGCUCCGCCCCUUUCACGUGGAGAGCAGUGGCGGCCAGACGUGUUCUCCGUCCACAUGCGAAGAAGAAAAUGUUACCCAUGCCUCAUGGCAGCGAUGGAGUCGAUGGGACACAUUCCGUACAAAGUCCAGGAAGACGUGGUAUAUACUGCCAUCACUGACAAAGACGGGGACAGGGUGACAGUGUAGCACAUGUCUGUGGAGCCCGAGUUCCUGCUUCCUGGUGCCCGGAGCUCCCUGCCGAGGAACCUGGGGGUCCGGGGCAGAGAGUGGCCUCCCUCCAAGACAGGGGCCUGCCGGCUGGCAGGGACAGAUGGGGUGACAGGACACCAAGGCCACUGUACCAGAGAGCAAGUGUUCCCUGGCACCCCCUAGACUUGUGCAGUGCACAUCUUGAACACCCGGUCACUGCAGUUCCUGCCUAGACCUGGGAUCCAAAUAAAAUGGCCCGUUCUCCUUCCAUGCCGGUGAUUCCCUGACAUACCACAACGACCAGCCCUUCUCCACCAAAGACCAGGACAACGACUCAAAUUCUGAAAACUGUGCGGACCGCUACCAGGGGGGCUGGUGGUACAGUUUCUGUCACUCGUCAAACCUCAAUGGUCUCUACCUCCGGGGUUCCCACGAGUCCUUUGCAAACGGCGUCAACUGGAAGUCGGGGAAAGGCUACAACUACAGCUACAAGGUGUCGGAGAUGAAGAUGCGGCCGGUGUAGAUAGGGGCCGACCGCGCGCGCAGUGGCCGCCGGGAGGGCUGGUCCGGAUGCUCUCGGGGGCGGGAGCACGGGCUCGGAGACCUCCCCCUGUUCCCUCCUGGGACCCUCUCUGUUUUGUGCCUUUCACCCACACCAACGCAGUCUCCCAUCCCUGAGGGUGAGAGCAGGGACCUCUGAUCUCACCAGCCACGCAUUUUCUCAAUAAAGACAUUUGCUUCCUCAUUCA